GAUAUUUUCCUGCCAUCUUACGACGUCCGAAGAAACGACUAUUGCAAAAUUUUCGUCAAUAAUGAAUAAGCAGGCAGUAGUGUCGUGAUAAGAGAUAAGGGCAGAAUAAAGCCUUAAAUAAUAUAGACUUCAAGAUUACUCAAUCAAGUUACGAACCAGUAAGAAGACUCUCACAGUUAUGGAUAAAUUAACUUUUGAGAAGACUUUAGAUAAAUAUAUACCAGAGGAUGAGCUGUCUGAAGUAAAACGCAUUUUAUAUGGACGUAAUUUCACGCCACUGCUCUUACCAGAAUGUAAGAUUCCAAAUUUUGAAACAAAGAGUUUCUCCAUAGAAAGUGAGAUCCGAGAAGAAAUUCGUGAACCACGUGUUGUGCGUGUAGGACUGCUGCAACAUUCGAUUGUAUUGCCUACAACAGCAACUAUCAAAGAUCAACGAAAUGCUAUCUACGAGAAAAUUGAAUCAUAUUUAAGCUAUGCAGCUGUUGCUGAAGUUCAAAUCUUAUGCCUCCAAGAAGCAUGGAAUAUGCCAUUUGCUUUUUGUACGAGGGAAAAGUAUCCGUGGUGCGAAUUUGCGGAAGACGCUGAGAUCGGGCCGUCAACGAUAUUCUUAUCCAAAUUCGCUCGGCAGUACAAAAUGGUAAUAUUAUCGCCAAUUUUGGAGCGGGACUGCGCUGAUGGCGACACUAUCUGGAAUACUUGUGUGGUGAUUGAUGUGGACGGCAGAGUCCUCGGCAAGCACAGAAAGAAUCAUAUUCCUCGCGUCGGUGAUUUCAACGAGUCCACUUACUAUAUGGAGGGCGAUACAGGUCAUCCGGUUUUUGAUACUUGCUACGGACGGAUUGCCGUUAAUAUAUGCUACGGGCGUCAUCAUCCGUUGAAUUGGCUGAUGUUCGGCUUAAACGGAGCAGAGGUCGUUUUCAAUCCGUCAGCAACUGUUGAAAAAUUAUCCGAACAUCUGUGGCCGAUCGAAGCAAGAUGCGCCGCGAUAGCGAACAAUUAUUACACUUGCGCAAUCAAUCGCGUAGGAACCGAGGCGUUUCCCCAUGAAUUUACAUCUGGCGACAAAGGCAAGGCUCAUAACGAUUUCGGACCUUUUUAUGGUUCUUCUUAUAUCACCGCUCCCGAUGGCUCGCGAACUCCAGGCUUGAGUCGUAAUAAAGACGGAUUACUUAUUGGAGAACUGGAUCUUAAUAUGUGUCGACAGAUGAAAGACAUGUGGGGAUUUAAGAUGACGCAAAGACUUGAUUUGUAUGCCAAAGAACUUGCUAAAUACGUAAAGCGUAAUAGUAAAUGAAACUUGUGAAAACAGGAACCGUGGCGACGUGCACUUUAUGCAUAAGAUUAUAAAGUAUAUUGCAAGUGCAGUUAUAUAUAUAUAUAUAUAUAUAUAUAUAUAUUCUAUAUUUUUGUUUAACGUCAAUUCUCUACAUAUUUUUUGUUAAUUUUAUAUAUAUAUAUAUACUCUAUAUUUUGAUAAACGUUAACGAUACUUGGGCCAAAAUAUAUACAUUACUUCUGAUCUCAUUUAAUUCUUAUGAUAAUCAUUUCAACAGUGCAUUUUGCGUUUCUAUGUAUUCAGAAACCACAAACAUAUCUACUAAUGCAGAGAGAACUUUAGAUCAUGAAGAAAAAAUAUUUAAUAUUUUUCUAUAUUCAAGAUUUAUUCCAUGUGUAUAGUUGUAUCAUAAUAAAAUCGCAUAUAAAGGCUGUUAUGUCAAAAGCAGUACAAAUAUAUAUUUUACACAAUA